AUGUUCACGCUCACGGUAUCGGAGAAUCCCGUCAAUGACCUCCAUACCCAUACACUGUACCUGACUACCAGUGCUGUCAACCUGCUUCCUAUUAGAAGGCGAUUGGUUAACAAGAAACUCAAAGAGCUGGUCAUUCUACCUGGCGAGUUAGCCAGUAGUACACUGUCGCUUGUUCUCCGUAUCAAACAUGUUGCCCUUAAUUUCACUCGUGAUUUCCAUACCAACUUGGUACCUGGGUCUAGAAUCAUAGGCAAGAUUCCUACUGGCGAUAAACGGUUGGGAUUCGGUCGCAAUGACAAGUUAAUGGUGUUCCCGUACCUGACCUGCUGGAUCCAGGGUGUGCUGGAUCCCUGUGAAAACUGCAUUGCCGUGAUGGCCAAAGAUAUCUCAACUUACAAGUCGCAUCUUCGACAUCCAUGUACAGCCAACUGGAAGUAUGGAAAGACUCUAGAUGGCGGAUUACAGGACUACAUUAAAGUUCCACUGCCUCAGCAUAGCCUCAUCCGCAUUCCCAAUGGCGUCAGUCUACAUGAUUGCUGCUUUCUUUAUGAUAUCGCAGUGCCUUUCUACUCUUACUGUCGAGAUGUACUUUGCUCGCUCUUGGAGAAGACUCCGGACUGUCGUAUCUUGGUGAUAUUGGGUGAUUCUACCCGUGAGGCCAACGACUGUCUUUUGGUGAUCCACCACCUACGUCUAGACCAUCUACUGAUCACUUUCACCGACAUGAAGAAACUCAACGAGAUUCCAGGACUUCUGUCCACAUACGCCAACAAAUUUCACCACGUAUUGGUGUUUGCAGCCGGGCAGGGUCCCGUCACCGCUGCUUUGGCUCUGGGUCUUGCUACGGGCCUCGAGUCGACCAAGGCAAGACAUACCAUUGCUCUUUUUGGAGACCAUGUAGGACGUAUCUACUCUGAACCUCCAGAUCGAACGGUUCACAGAGUCAAUUUGUCAUACAAGGAUAAGUUCCUCAUGGAGGAGCUCUUGCAAGCUUUGGCAGACUUAAACAGCAUCAAGGACGACGACACUCAUCCUACAAUCACCUACAUGCAAUCACUAGAUUCAGAAGAUACAGUGACCAAUCACUCUACUCUGUCGGAGCAACUAGACAGCAAUGAGCUGUACACGGAAUGGAGCACUUCGCUGGCGAAGAAGAAGAAGCUCAGGUUCAAGGGCGAGGCCGAGGUGGUUACUACCACAUCUCUAAGUCGAGGCCACAUCUCAUGGCUCCAUUGUGAUCGAGACUUUCGACUUUGCCUGGAUGAUCAUUGUGAUCAUGAUACGCUGAAGAGAUGCCACUCUACGAAUGUGAUCAAUAAGUUGCUCCAAGAUCGUUGUACAUUACAACGUGUUUUCUAUACGAACCGGCCUGCAAGCCAUGUAAAGAUCAAUGCGUUUAUUUUUUAG